AUGGCUUCAGUGCGAGAAUUGAAACCAGAGAACCUGUAUGGCGUGGUGGAUAUGGGCAGCAAUGGCAUCCGCUUCUCUAUCUCCAACCUCGAAGCGCCGACAACGCGAAUCAUGCCGACGGUUUUCCAAGACCGCGCGGGCAUUUCACUGUAUGAUGCUCAAUUCACAACGGCUGAUGGCCAACGAGGUCCAAUUGCGGCAGAAGUAAUUGAAGACGUUAUUCUACAAUUAUUACGCUUCAAGACAACAUGUGAAGAUUUUGAGGUUCCGGUGGAGAAUAUCUACGUUUUGGCCACGGAAGCUACCAGAACGGCGCCUAACUCGAAAGAGUUUAUUGGUACAAUCAAGGAGCGUACUGGAUGGGAUGUUCGAAUGCUCUCAAAAGCAGAUGAAGGUCGUAUCGGUGCCUUGGGUGUUGCGAGCAGCUUUGCCGGCGUGCAAGGGUUGGUGAUGGAUCUUGGGGGUGGUAGCACACAACUUACAUGGAUGGUUGCAAAGGAUGGAAAUGUUACUACAAGUCCACGGGGGUCAAUCAGCUUUCCAUAUGGCGCUGCUGCACUUACCAGAAGACUACAAGAAGUCAAAUAUAAAGGGAGCAGGGCUGAAAAGGAAUUGAUUGCAGAAAUGAAGGAGAAUUUUCGAAAUGCAUACAAGGACCUGGAAGUUCCCGAUAGCCUUGAGGAUGCUGCUACGAGACAAGGUGGCUUUGACCUGUACUUGUCCGGUGGAGGUUUCCGGGGAUGGGGCUAUCUUCUCAUGAGUCAGUCUCUGUUGAAUCCUUAUCCCAUUCCAAUCAUCAACGGGUUCGAGACAAAGCCGGCCGAUUUUCAGGAUACAUUCAGUAUCAUGCAAACGGCGUCCACGUCUGAGGAUAAAAAUAUAUUCCGUGUAUCGAAACGGCGGGCAUCGCAAGUUCCGGCUGUAGCCUUGCUCGUCAGUGUCCUCACAGAGUCUCUUCCAGCCAUUAGGUCCGUCAGAUUUUGUCAGGGAGGUGUGCGUGAAGGAUUUCUUUUUGAUAUGCUUGAACCUGAGAUCCGGAAACAAGAUCCUCUCCUUGUUGCUACGAUGCCCUAUGCCACUUCUUCAGCAGACGCGAUUUACGAACUUCUACAGUCCUCGCUACCAGAAACUCCGUCACCUAUACUUUCACGACAUGUCCCGCAAUCCUUUACACCUAGCCUGCUACAUGCCAUCAGCAACCUGCUUUUUGUCCACGCAUCUGUGCCGAGGGAGACUCGACCGGCCGCUGGACUAUAUAGCACUACAACCGGUAUUCUUGCAUCUGCAAACAGCCUCGCACAUCGAGAUAGGGCAAUCAUUGCUUUGGUACUUUCCGAGCGAUGGCCUGGAGAUCUCGCACCGGCCGAAGAACACUUCCAGAGACGUUUGCGUCAAUUCGUCUCGGCGGAGGAGGCGUGGUGGUCUCAGUAUCUGGGUCGCGUUGCUUCAUUGAUUGGAGACGUGUAUCCUGCUGGUCGUGUAGCUGCCAAGUCACGGAUCGGUUUCAGUUCAAAGUGGGAACAGAUAUUCAAGAAGAAACAGGGUACCACGGAUUGCUUGUGUCUGCACGUGAGGUUCCAUGAGGAGACCAAACAGCCCAUUACAAAGGAGGCUCUGCUCAAUACCGCCAAUAUGAUUGAGAAGUGCGGGAAACUGAAGAACUGGGUCAAGGUAGAAGAUCGGAUACGUGGAGAAGAACGACGUGCAGGAGACUAUGGGAUUUUUGUUCAAACAAACGAUUAA